AUGUCGAAAAAGGGGCAGAGAUUCGAGUUCACGGCAUUCCGUUGGACAACAAAAUUUCUCCUGUACUGCAUCGGCCUCUGGCCAGUGAAAGCCCCGGGGUUAUUCUAUCGUUCCCUACCCUACAUCUGCUUUUUCGCCUCGUUCUUCGCUGGUCUAGCUGUCAUACGCUUCAUCUAUCACUACAUAACGCGAGUUGCUGUCUCAUUAAGAGGAAUGACAAUCGGAACCAGUUUAAUGCUGUCAAUGCUGAAGAUAUCGUCUAUCAUGAUAAAUCGUAAACGCGGACUUGAACUUCAUCGUACUCUGGACGAGUACUUUUCUGCAGCUCUCAGUGAUGAACGAUUUGCUCAACGUGUCUUAGUCGGUAUUACCACAGUUCGACGAUUAUGUUGGACCCUCAUUCCAACGAUAUUCAUCACUGUUGGAGGCUACGUUCUGAAACCCAUCACAAGUAUUGUAGUGCAAAAACGUAAUAAUGUUGAACACGUGGAGUAUACACUUAUCUAUCCUGGAUUGUAUCCUUGGAACGUGUCGGAUGGAUUCUUCUAUCAGCUCCAUUUUUUCAUUGAAAUAAUCGCUUCAAUCACCGUAUGGUGUGUCACAUGUGGUAUGGAUGCUCUCUUUGCGUACUAUGUAUUCCAGAUUAUUGGACAACUUCGAGUCAUGUCGUAUCGGUUGACUCAUGUCGAAGACCAGAAAGAUAUGGACGUUAUCAUAAAGGAAUGCACCCAACAGUAUGUGGAGUUGCUCAAGUGUCGAGACUCACUUCAAGAUAUUUUUGGUCCUGUCAUAUUGUGGAUGAUGGGGACAACAGCGAUUGUACUGUGCGCCUUGAUAUAUCAACUAUCAUCGCAACUGAAAGAUCUGUCAAUAGCAAGAUGGAUUUGGAUUUUAGCGUAUUUCAUUCCUAAAGUGACUCAGGCGUAUAUAUAUGGCUGGUGCGGGUCCUAUCUGAAUUCUGAGAGUGAAAAAUAUCGUUCGGCUAUUUAUCAUACUAAUUGGCUGGCAGCAAAGAAGAAUACGAUGUCGUCAAUCGUCAUUAUGCUCAGUCAACGACCAAUCAAUUUGGUAGUCUACAAGUUCUUCUAUUUAACCGUCAAUAUGUUUCUGAUGAUACUCAAAACGACACUAUCCUAUUAUUUCUUACUCAAACACAUUGAACAGAAAUCGUAAUCGGAUUGUGUGAGCACCGAACAUUAUUCUGAACAUCAAAUGUGCGGAAUCCGUGGCACUUGGAAUUAUUCUCUCCGGGUAAUUCCCUAAUUGACUAACUCAAUGUUGUUUCGUAUGAUUUGUCUUUAUUAUAAUAAAAUUAU